AUGCUCAUGUGCUUUGGUGGCUCCAUCCUCUCAAACUUUGUUAUGGGCGAGCCUCUUUUCACUUGCUUCGACGAUUACCGUGCAGUCUUGACCGCCACUGCUGUCUGGUAUCUCAUCAACUACUCUCCGUUUGAUAUUGUCUACACGCUUUGCCGAGUCUUCUCAAUUCGUCUUAUAAUUUGUGCCUUCAAGGAAGUUCAACGGGCCAAAAAGAUUUCCAUUGGUGUGGCACAUGCCUAUGAACACUAUCCGAGCAGCAUUUUCACUUGCCUUUUGUCUGGCAUCUUAAAGGGUGCGGGCUACCUUGAGAUGAGGAUUUUGGCUCGGCUUGCUCGAGGCGUUUGGCUGCCAGCUUCAACCGAGUUCCUUCACCCUAGCUUCACAACCGAAAUCUCACUCCUGGCGGCUGUCGUCUACUACUGCGAACAUCUUGGCAUGAUUCCCCUACCUUCAAACCAGGUCUUCUUGCUAGUCGUCGGAGUGCUAGUGUACUUGCGGUAA